CCAUGAAAGCGUUUUACAUUUUAUUUGGUUGCUUUUGUCUCAACUGGAGCAUUGUUGUUGGUCAAAAAGGAAAAAAGCUUGGCCCUCCCAUUGACUUGGAUGAAAUAACUACAACUACAACUACAACAAGAACUACAACAACCGUAGCGCCUACUGAGACCACAACGCCCUUAGUGGCAGCGGCCACCAACAACGUAACUGUAAACCCCACUGCCUUCAAUAACACCAGCAUCUACGAUCAGAAGCAUAAAAUUCUACUGGUUGUCCUAUCGGAUGUGAAUGUACGCCAUGUUAAGGAUCCAACACAAGCUUCUAAUUUAGGCCAGUCCUCCACAAAUGGCAAUAAUCCCGCGAAAAAAUCAUCAAAUGAGACUUUCCUGAUUGAUGCGACGAUGCUUAAGGAGAUUUUGAAAAAACUCCAACCCACCAACAAAUGUGUGAAUAUUGCGCCUCAUUAUGUGCCACCGACAUUUCCAUGGAUCAUACGAAAGGAGCCACGUAAACCGAUUACUUAUAUUGAACCGAUUCUAUGCGAAGAUGUAGAAAAUGAACGCGUUGUCUUAACGGGUAGUUUAACUUGGCCUGAAAACCAAAAGCGACAACCCAAUGAAUCAGUUAAAACGAAGAGCGCAUACGCACGAACGCGUUCGUCUAAAAAUAACCGAAAGCGUCAGCGAUCGAAGUCGAGAACGGGUGCGGUUAAAGAUUCUUCGCAUUUACCAUUUUCAUUGAGCCACUUGCGGGACUUGGACUAUGAGCAUGAAGGUGAUUUUGAUAAAGCUUGGGCAGAUUUGAGUUCUGAAGAGAAUUAAAUGCUGUAGACUGUAGGGUAUUCUAUUAUUUCUAAUCAUUCAUCGGUAUUAAAGAUAUGUAAUUAUAUAUAAUAUGAGCUAAAUACAAAUAUAUUCUAAUUGGUAAAACA